GACUUCCUGAGGAGGAUGAAGCAGGAGGAGCUGGCUCAGCGUCUGUGGAGCAAAUCCUCUGCUGGAGUCUGCCAGCAGCAGUUGAAAUUUGGUCUGAAGAAGAGGUUCCAGUGUGUGUCUGAGGGAGUCGCUAAACAAGGAGAGUCCACCCUCCUGAACCAGAUCUACACAGAGCUCCACAUCACAGAGGGAGGGACUGCAGAGGUCAAUCAGGAACAUGAGGUCAGACAGAUUGAAGCAGCAUCCAGGACAGCAGACAGAGCAGAAACAAGCAUCAGACCAGGAGACAUCUUUAAAGCCCCACCUGGAACAUCUCAACCAAUCAGAACAGUGCUGACAAAGGGAGUGGCUGGCAUUGGGAAAACAGUCCUGACACAGAAGUUCACUCUGGACUGGGCUGAAGACAAAGACAACCAGGACGUCCACUUCAUAUUUCCAUUCACCUUCAGAGAGCUGAAUGUAGUGAAGGAGGAGAAGUUCAGCUUGGUGGGACUUGUUCAUCACUUCUUCAAAGAAAUAGAAAAAGCAGGAAUCUGUAGAUUUGAAGAAUUCCAGGUGAUCUUCAUCUUUGAUGGUCUGGAUGAGUGUCGACUCCCUCUGGACUUCCACCACGCGAAGAGCGUGACUGACAUUAGAAAGUCCACCUCAGUGGAUGUUCUGCUGACAAGCCUCAUUAAGGGGAAACUGCUUCCCUCUGCUCGCCUCUGGAUCACCACACGACCUGCAGCAGCCAAUCAGAUCCCUGCUGACUGUGUGGACAUGGUGACAGAGGUCCGAGGGUUCACCGACCCCCAGAAGGAGGAGUACUUCAGGAGGAGGUUCAGAGAGGAGGAGCAGGCCAGCAGGAUCAUCUCCCACAUCAAGACCUCCCGAAGCCUCCACAUCAUGUGCCACAUCCCGGUCUUCUGCUGGAUCACUGCUGCAGUUCUGGAGAAGGUGUUGAAGAGCAGAGAGGCAGGAGAGCUGCCCAAGACCCUGACUCAGAUGUACAUCCACCACCUGGUGGUCCAGGCCAAAGUCAAGAAGGUCAAGUAUGAUGGAGGAGCUGCCACAGAUCCACACUGGAGUCCAGAGAGCAGGGAGAUGAUAGAGUCUCUGGGAAAACUGGCUUUUGAUCAGCUGCAGAAAGGAAACCUGAUCUUCUAUCCAUCAGACCUGACAGAGUGUGGCAUCGAUCUCAGAGCAGCCUCAAUGUACUCAGGAAUGUUCACACAGAUCUUUAGAGAGGAGAGCGGCCUGUACCAGGACAUGGUGUUCUGCUUCAUCCAUCUGAGCCUUCAGGAGUUUCUGGCUGCUCUUCAUGUCCAUCAGACCUUCAUCAACUCUGGAAUCAACCUGCUGGAAGAGAAACAAACAACCAUUCAACAAUCUCCACAACAGCCUCAGCUCCACCAUCUCCAUCAGAGAGCAGUGGACGAGGCCUUGAAGAGUCCAAAUGGACACCUGGACUUGUUCCUCCGCUUCCUCCUGGGUCUUUCACUGGAGAUCAAUCAGAGUCUCCUUCGAGGUCUGCUGACACAGACAGGAAGUAGCUCACAGUCCAAUCAGGAAACAGUCCAGUACAUCAAGGAGAAGCUGAGUGAGAGUCUGUCUGCAGAGAGAAGCAUCAAUCUGUUCCACUGUCUGAAUGAACUGAAUGAUGGUUCUCUGGUGGAGGAGAUCCAACAGUCCCUGAGAUCAGGACGUCUCAACACAGAUAGACUGUCUCCUGCUCAGUGGUCAGCUCUGGUCUUCAUCUUACUGUCAUCAGAAGAAGAUCUGAAGGAGUUUGACCUGAAGAAAUACUCUGCUUCAGAGGAGGCUCUUCUGAAGCUGCUGCCAGUGGUCAAAGCCUCCAACAAAGCUCUGUUGAGCGGCUGUGGUCUGUCAGAGAGAAGCUGUGGAGCUCUGUCCUCAGUUCUCAGCUCUCAGUCCUCCAGUCUGACACAUCUGGACCUGAGCUACAACCGUCCAGGAGACUCAGAGGUGGAACGUCUUUGUGCUGCAGUGAAGGAUCCACACUGCUCACUGGAGACUCUCAGGUUGAGCUGCUGUGGUCUGUCAGAGAGAAGCUGUGGAGCUCUGUCCUCAGUUCUCCUGAGUAACAACGAGCUGCAGGAUUCAGGAGUGAAGCGUCUGUCUCUUGGACUGGAGAGUCCUCACUGUAAACUGGAAGCUCUCAGUCUGUCAGGGUGUCUGGUCUCAGAGGAAGGCUGUGCUUCUCUGGUCUCAGCUGUGAGAUCCAAGUCCUCCCAUCUGAGAGAGCUGGACCUGAGCUACAACCAUCCAGGAGACUCAGGAGUGAAGGAGCUGUCAGCGGCAGUGGAGGAUCCACACUGCUCACUGGAGACUCUCAGGUUGAGCUGCUGUGGUCUGUCAGAGAGAAGCUGUGGAGCUCUGUCCUCAGUUCUCAGCUCUCAGUCCUCCAGUCUGACACAUCUGGACCUGAGUAACAACGACCUGCAGGAUUCAGGAGUGAAGCGUCUGUCUCUUGGACUGGAGAGUCCUCACUGUAAACUGGAAGCUCUCAGUCUGUCAGGGUGUCUGGUCUCAGAGGAAGGCUGUGCUUCUCUGGUCUCAGCUGUGAGAUCCAAGUCCUCCCAUCUGAGAGAGCUGGACCUGAGCUACAACAAUCCAGGAGACUCAGGAGUGAAGGAGCUGUCAGCGGCAGUGGAGGAUCCACACUGCUCACUGGAGACUCUCAGGGUGGACCAUGGUGGACAGCAGUGGCUCAAACCUGGUGUGAGAAAGUAUUUCUCUCAACUUCAACUGGAUGAAAACUCAAUGAGCAGAAAGCUCAAACUGUCCAACAACAACAGGAAGGUGACACAUGUGGAGGAAGAGCAGCCGUAUCCUGAUCAUCCUCACAGAUUUGAUGUCUGUAAACAGAUGCUGUGUAGAAAUGAUCUGAGUGGUCGAUGUUACUGGGAGGUCGAGUGGAGCGGAGCUGUUUCUAUAUCAGUGAGUUACAGAGGAAUCAGAAGGAAAGGACGCAGUGAGGAGUGUUGGUUUGGAGGGAAUCAUCAGUCCUGGAGUCUGGAGUGUGAUUAUGGACGUUACUAUGUCUGGCACAAUAACAAAAAAACAUCCCUCUCCUCCUCCUCCUCCUCCUCCUCCUCCUCCUCCUCCUCUGGUAGAGUAGCAGUGUAUGUGGACUGUCCUGCUGGCUCUCUGUCCUUCUUCAGAGUCUCCUCUGACUCUCUGAUCCACCUCUACACCUUCAACACCACAUUCACUCAA